UCACAAUAUGCCCCCCGAAUACUGUUGAUCCUCCCAAGAACAUCACACGGCCACCAGGACUGCGUAAUGAAUAUCAUGCCACAGUAGCCAAAGGUGCUUGGACAACAGACAACUCAGGACGAUUGGGAAACCAGAUGGGUGGAUAUGCUACCCUCUACGCAUUGGCUAAGCUGAACCGACGGCGGGCGUACGUUCAUCCUCAAAUGUACACAAAUCUGGCCCCGUACUUCCGCGUCACACUUCCCGUCAUUGGUAGGAGAGCACUUACGACCCAGCGCUGGAGGUCCUACACACUGGAAGACAGAAUGAAAGAGCAGUAUGCUCAUAUUCAAGAUCUUUACGUCUGGUUCCGAGGCUUCCCUUGUUCCUGGACCUUCUACCACAGCAUUCGUGAGGAAAUCGUGAAGGAGUUCACAUUCCACGAACACCUCAAAUACAAGGCCUGGAAGACACUGCACAAGCUAAGAGGAAAUAGAACGGAGCCCACCUUCGUCGGUAUUCACGUGAGACGCGGUGACUACGUCAACAUCAUGCGUGAUGAACUCCAGGGCGUCGUGGCAGACAAGACUUACUUCGAGAAAGCCAUGGGUUAUUUUAGAUCGCGUUACAAGGAAUUGAUAUUCGUUGUGGUUAGCAACGAUAUGGCGUGGUGUGAAGAAAACAUCGAUGCUUCGUUGGGAGACGUCUACUUUCCUGGAGACGGGGACGAAAACUCCCCUGGCAACGAUCUAGCUCUGCUCGUCCAAUGCAACCACACCAUCAUGACGUUAGGGACGUUCGGCUUCUGGGCCGGCUAUUUAGCUGGUGGAGAAGUCGUUUACUUGGCUAACUUCACGCUGCCUGAUUCUCCCAUGCGAAAUUACUUCUUUCCACCUGCCGCAUAUCUACCUGAGUGGGUCGGUAUUCAGGCUGACCUCUCCCCGAUUCGGAGGCAUAUAAUGUCUGGCGGAAUAGGGAUUUAGACUGGAGAAACAAAAUCUAGAAAGAACAAUCGCUAACCUGUGUAUUUCAAAUUGUGGGCGAAAGCGGUGCGAUGUGUAUGUGAGUAUGGCGGGCUAGAAAUACGGUUUUGCCAAUCGGCAAGUUUUUCAGGUACCCAAAAAUGAAGGAUGCUCCAGGGACGCUGAAGUCCGCGACAGGGCCGCGCUCUGCGGAUUUUCCUGAGUCACGUGAUGUUCCACUACAGUUUGCUGAAGAGCGCUGGUGUGCGAAUGUCAGUGCUUGGGAUGCGAUACGGACAAACAAGGACAGGAGUCACUCGUUAUCAGUUGUUUUGUUGCAGGUAUCACCGCGGCUGUUCUUCACUGCUUUUUUAUUUGUUUGCGUUUGAACUGAGGCAGCUCGACGAAACAAGAAACUUUAUACAGCAAUCUAUUCUAUCAAGCGUUAACGCAGUACCAUAUGACGACAGUGGCAUGUCUUGCGACUUAUGACUUACGGCACGACGGACACGUUUCAUACGAAACGCCGCAAAACUGUGACAAAGAUUCUCAGCAGGUGAAAAUAGGCGGAUCGACGAUACUUUCGAGUCGCUCGUAUAGUAUCACAAACUGACGAACAAAAUCCGUUGUGGCCCUUAGUACACUGCGAAACCACAACAGGAACCAUUCUGCUGUCUACUGAUCUCACUCUAAUGACAAUAAAUGUCCGACAAACUGUCCACACAUCUGUCGUGCGACAGAAACAUGAAACUAUAUCGUCGUUCUUCACAAUAAUGAAAUUCCCCCAUGAACCAGCCAAGUGCUGAGCAUACUUAUUUUCGACCACAGGGAGCAGGGAACUAUAGAAAUUCGAAAUAGGAAACCAUUCGAAAAACAAUGCUGCAAAUAAUUGUGUGUGCCGGGGGACACGAAAUAACGAAAGCUGGUUACUGUCUUUACGAGCAAUAUUGCAGUUUGACAAGAAACAUCUACGUGAUGUCCUCUUGUAUACCUUUUUUUUUUAUUGCUCAAUCAACUAUCCAGGCAUGGAUAAAACCGAUGGCGCAUAAGCUCUCGAAGAAAGCAGAAGGAGCAAUGUUAGAAAUAUUUUCACCAGUGGAAUAUUAUUCCACGAGAACCCCUUCAUUUUACGUCUGUCAAAGCAAGAAGUAGACGACAUAGCGUUUUUUUUUUCUUAUUUAUUUUCUUGUUCACCGAACUUGGGCAUCAAAACAUGUACACGUCCACGCGCUUUACUGAUAAGGUGACGAACGAACAUCCACAGCAUGGCAUGUGUUAUCACAUCGAGACGUUCAGGUGUGUGCCAUUAGGCACACCCGUCUGCCGUUGUCACGUGACGACUUCGACGUACUGUCCCCUAAUUGACAACCAUAAAUGCAAGCAGAAGGAACAGUUGCCGCUGAAGAAAGCUUCGACAUCAAAAAUGUUUUAUUGCUUACACGGAGACACAGGCGGAGACUUAGUUUUCCUUUGUAGUUCGUGGCGAAUCCGCAUGGUUCGCUGCGAGCGACGACUCGAUCUAUCCUUCAUUUGAGGGGCCCCCCCUUCCCCGUGCAUUGGAUAGGCCGAUUGGCACACCCGUAUUUCUAGCCCACCAUAAUGUGAGUGUGCAACUUUUGUGCAAGAAUGGCCGCUGCAGAAGG